AUGUCAUCGCUUCGAUCAAGCACACGUGAGGUUGAAAACAUCUUGCACGAUGUUGGGGCCUCUCUUCGCAAGUUUCAGGGUUCUAAAGGUUUGCGGUGCUUACUUGAUCAAGGCAAGCUUUCGCUUUUGUCUGCAAUGGGUGAAUUUAAACAAAGUAGUGAUGCGAUCUAUGAUACACGCAUGAAAGUGGUUUCACAAACCCGUGUUACUAUACUAAAACUGUCGGAUUGUUUUGAUGCUGUUGGAAAAACUGUUGAAACUCUGUUUCUUCAGCUAGGUGAACUGCUUUCAGAGCUGCAUCAAUUUAAAGAAAUUUGCGAAAAUCAUUUAGAAAUGACAAAUGAAGUUCCUUCUGAAGACACCGGAUUUAGUGACAUUAACUCGAUGAGAAUUGAAUUCGCUGCCUUGAGCCGAGAAUUGAGCAAUGAUAUUAGGAUCAAUUGCUGUGGGAUACAGUCUUCUUCUCUUGAGCAAAUUGAUAAGGUUUAUAUGGAUGCAAAAUUUGGCGUUGGAAGAGCUCAAACUGCAUUUGAUGCUACGAGAAGGAAGGCACAAGUUUGUGAAGCUGAAUUGUUGGCAACUCGUUCGAGUGGUUCUGCCGAUCAGGUGAAGCAGAUGGAGUUUAAGCUUCAUUCUUUGCUAGAACGCCUUCACGAAAGCGGCGACCAAUACCAAGAGGCUUUACAAGGUAGCAUGAAGAAUACAUCGUUUAUUUUGGAACAGGUCUCAAUGGCGACGUGGGCAGCAGCGAACGUAUUCUUUUUGCAAUUGGGUACAUUUUUCAAGGAUGUGAUGAGUCGAUGUGAUGUGCUUGCUGGGGCUCUGUCUUCGGUGAAGAACAACCGAGGCGUUUCUCGAAAAAUAAAUUUGGAGAAGCAAUCCGCUGCUGCUGCUGCCGCAUCUUACAUAUCUUCCGCCACCGCUAUAUCACGGCCUGAAGAGGAAAAAAAUGGCCCAACCACGCCACCUUCUCACGAAGUAGUUGACUUGCUUUGUGCUCAACAAAGUGAUGGCUUCGUAUCACACCUUCCUCUGAUCGAAGGCUCUGUACCUCGAGGAACAAGGGAGUUUGAUAUAGAUGAUAUUUUCAAGUAG